AUGACUUCAAAAAGACCAAUUCGUCAGCGGCGGUUUUCUCCACCUUGCCUUCCCCUUAAUUCAGAAAGUUCAGGUGAGUGAUUCUUAAUUUACAUUCAAAUUUUUUUGUGGUGUUACCAGCUAUGUACAGGCUUUCAGAAUUGCAAUUAGUUUCGGUUUUUUUUCUGCAAAACACCAGUAGCUUUUUCUUUUGGUAAAUUGGUCUCAAAAGCUCGAAAGGUUAGAACGAUGCCUGUGAAUUUUUUUUCAUAAUGGGAAAUUUUCGUUCGAAAGUUCAGCUCUUUUUCAAAACUUAAUUUUUGGUAUUUUAAUUUUUUCUACAGUUUUAGAGGCACAGGAAUUGUUGGAAAAAGAGAGGCGGCAAAAAUGGCGCAAAAAGACAAGAGAAAAAAAAACCUUACCCUAAAAGGAACAUUUCUAUGGACCCUUCCGACUUUGCCUUUGUAAGAAAACGUCAAAAGAAACUUGAAAGAAAGCAAAACUGAGAACUUAUGUCGUGUUAAAAAAAUUUCCGCGAAAUGCAGAACGGUCUCUGGCUCUACACAGUUUAGUUAUAUUUUUCUUUCUCUGACGGCUAUUUUGAAUUUUGCGGAGUCAUUUUGAACACCUCAAUAACUCGUUUGGAGAACUUUUUCAAUUAACGAAAAAGAUAUUUUACAAGUCCGCAAGUUGAAACUUUAUAUUUGGCUACAGAGAUGUCUGUAGAGGAUAGGUCGAACUACUUGGACUCGCGCGAAAAGUCGAUGCUCCGCAACACGUCUUCCAAUACCAUGAACACUUCGACGCGAAAUGGCAGCACUAUCAUCGGUUUGAACUUCAUUCGAUUCUUUUUAACAUAUUUAAAAGUUUAUCUUUCGAUUAGAAACACUGUUAGGAAUAAUCUUCAUUUUUUCAGCAGUCAUGGAGGGACGUGGAAAUCUUGAUGGUCGUCUCGGUUUGGCGCAACAGGAUGUACGCUAUCCUGAGAUCGAAUUUUGCGAGUUUGUCGACUCCCGCGAGUAUUCUCGCCUCAAGACCAUGAUCCAAGUAGCCGACGCUUAUGAGGUUUUUUUUCCUUUUUUUGAAAGUCUUGAUGAUCUCUCAGUCUUAGAAAGUUAGAUGCUCUCAUUUUGGCCAGUAGCACCCGCGGAUGCUACCGCCGAUCACCCCAAACGAAAUUUUAAGUCGCGCAUAGACCCUUUUAAGUUCGGCAGAACUACGCAAACGCCCAAUUCACGUGCCGAGCCUCCGUUUAGGCCCAGGGUAUCACCCGGCACGUUAAACAACACCGGGUAGUAGUGCCCGUUUUGCAAAAUUAUGACGUAUUAGCCCAACGGGUCCUACUGGCCAACAUUGAAGUUUCUAUCAAGAUGAAUGCCGUGUUCAAAGUUAUUUCCGCCAAAUGCAAAAUUAUUUAUCUUUUCCUUUCUCUAACGGCUAUUUUAAAUUUCGCGUAAUCACUUUUAACGCUGAAGUAGAGAUCAGAAAAAUUCCUGUCUUCUUUGAAUAAGAGAGACAGUGAGAUUCAAUCGAAUGUUAACAUGUUAAAGGUCGUUAUCCCUCAAGUAAUCGAAGAAAAAGGGUCGACAAAGCUUCUGGGCGAAGCGCUGACCGCCGCUUUUCCGGAUCUCAAAAUCACUGUGAUUCAUAUGAGGUUCUUCCUAUAUUAGAAAAAAUGUUAGGCUUGAAUUUUUGAGACAUUUCAAUAGCCGACGAGGAGUUGAGAUGGCACAAUUAUUGGCGAAUAAAGAAGUUUCAAGUUUCGAUGAAAGUUCUUUAGAAAAGUUUUCUUUGCAAUUGUGAUGGAAGAUGUUUUGUUGGAAGUUUCAGGUCACUUGCGAUGGCUGCAUUCAGCACGCUGACCAAGUACGUGCAGGAAACGCGAGUAGUGCACUUUCUGAAAGAAUCCCUGCGUAUUCGAGAUAUUCCAAUUGAAAAUACCUGCAUGAUCGGUCUCGAAUCGAAUCUUUUUGCUCAACUUUUCCUUUUAAGACUUCGCUUCUUGGGACAGUUUGGAGCUACUCGACUCGCAACAGCCUGCGGUAAAUUUUUAAAAGAACAUUGGUUUUUUCUCGGCAUUUGUUUCAAUUCGAAAAACAAAUUUUUGGAGUUUAAAAAAUCUUGGACAAACUUUCAAGAAUGCGGAAAAAAACUGGUUUACUUUUAGAGACGAACUGGCCGAAAAGAGCGCCGAAGUCUGCUUUCCGUCAUCAACCACACGCUUACGGUUUGAAUAAAAUAAGCUUUUGUGUUCUUUUUUAACUUUUGAAAAGUUAUAUAUCAUAUUGUCGGUUCUUAGGUGAACGGAGCUCGACUUCUUCGUUCCAAUCUACUGCAGCCAUCGGCAGACGUUCAGUUAAUUGAAGACAGGCUUGACGCCGUUGAACAACUUCGAUCUAUGCCUCAGGUUGGCCAAAAAAAAAAAAAAAAAAAAAAAUAACCAUUCGAAGAAAUGUGUAAGGUGCUGGAAAAACUGCGACUGCUGCUCUCCAGAGCCCAUGAGCUCGAUACGAUCAUGGCCAUGUGCAUUCAGUCGUCCUCCUCGUGGACCGUCCAAAGUUCCGAAGCCAACGUCAAUCAGGUCGGCUGGCGAAGCUUUGACUGGGAAAAUUUUUAGGGGUGACUAUAGAGGCUCGCCAAGGACUACUUGGAGAGGACACUAAAGUGGCCACUAAACCCACCUCUAAUGUGGCCUUUACUUUCCUUUUUAGUGGCCACUAGAGGUUUUAUAUUCAGCGGCCACAUCAGUAGUUUUUCAUCCAGUAUCCCUUUCACCCAGCAUUCCUUCUAGUAACUCUGAUAAUUAAAAAAAAAACAGAUUGGACCAGUUAUGGUGAUCCAUUGACCCCUAAAGUGGCCACUAAAAUUUUUAGUGGUCUAGUAGUAGCACUUAGACCUCUAUAGGGACAACUUCUUUUGAAUUCCUUAAAUGGCCACUAAUUAGACUAUUAUAGUGACCAAUAAAACGUCAAAACCCUAAAAUGGCUACUGAAAAUUUUCCCAGGAACUGAUUCUUUUUUUGGAAUCGUGAUUUGCCAGAACAAUUUUUGAAGUACCAAAUGAAUAUCCAAAAAGUAUCGAACUCCAAAAUUUUCUAGUUUCUAAGAAACAAGAGUUUGAAACCUGAAACUGUUAUGCUAUAUUUUCUGUAUAAUUAAAAAUACCAGAUCAUCAAACUGUUUCAAACGCUGCAAGUGCUUGACGCGAUCCGCGACGUCCUGGACAUCAAAGAAGUGACGUGUGUGAUAUUGAGAGCGAAAGUCAAGGCAAGCUCGUUGAACGGAAUUCACAAAAAAGAGAAAGAGUUUCAGUACCUGAGCGAUCCGAGAUUCAUCAAGAUGCUCAAUAUUCUGGAAACGCGAAUCGAACUCAAAAAGAUUUCUGGAAAAAAGAACUCGUUGGCUAUUCGCAACCUCACGUGCUUGGCUGUUAGGGUAUGAAAUUGUAAUAAGCCUUAAAAUGCUUGAAACUUGAAAAUUGGACUUUUUGAAUCGUUGAUCUUCUUUCCGAUUGUCUUUUUCAUGAGUAUUGGGUGGGAUAUCUCUUUUCCAGUCAUGCUUUUAUUGACUUUAAAUUUACGUUAACUUACUUCUCACUUUUUUCCCUUUCUGGCCAUGAUUCAAAAAGCUCCCACCUUUCUUAUGAAAAAAAAAUACCUUCAAAAAUUUUCUUUCGAAGCGUUUCAAGUGUUCAAAACGACAUUUUUGAUUCAAUAGAUUUUUAUAAUUUUUUUUUUCAAGGAAGGCGUCUCGGUCAAUUUGGAUGUGGCACGUAAGGCUUACACUGAGCUGAUAGCCAAGGUCGAUGAAGUUUGUAAGUUUUCACACACAACACGCUGUCUCCGUAAUUUUCAAAAACUACGAAUAAAAAAAAAUUAUUUUGUUUUCUAUUAAACCUCGUCCAGUAUGAAUUUCUCCUUUAUUUUUCAAUCAAAUUUUUCUUUAGUCAAAAUUUUAAAAAAUUGUUUGAGCCGAAGAACUGAAGAUUUACCUUCCGGACCAGCCGACGGCACGGAUUUCAUACUCAAACGUUCGACGAUUCCAUUACACUUUGGUCAACAAGGACAUCAGUUCCAUCAUAUUGCCCCCUGUUCGUUUCUAAACCGCAUUUUUGUAUCAAAAGUGUCUUUUUCAGUAUUUCACGGAUGUAAUCCGUCACCGAUCUUCCAUCACCUUCUCCUCGAGAGCCCUGACUAUCAUGAAUGGUUAUAGAGAAAAGGCAACACUUGGAAAUAAUUCUUACUUAAAGAUCGGAUCACUUGCGCUGUUUCGGAAGUUAUGCUGGCCAGCGACGUCGUCGUUUUUGAUCUUAUCGAAAUAGUUUGUUUUUUUUUUCUCUACGUCAAAGCUUUCAUUUGAUAAUGCUAGUUUUUGAAGGGUGCAGAAGAAAAAAGUUCUACAACGAUAUAUUGGGAGAUAUGCAUUUUAACUGUAACUUUUACACGCGAAUUUUAAUUUUUUGUAGAAAAGGACUAAAUGAUCCUAAAAGUUUUGUAGGCUUAUUUUUCUGCGCCCUUCCGGAAAUCUAAUUUUGCCUUUCCCGAAAUCAUUUUCACGAAUAACGCGUCAGUUUUGAAAUCGCUGAAAUUAAUUUUAACACGGCAUAAUAAUUUUUCAAGUUUGCGUCUUGGAAUUAAAAAUAUUAUCAUUGUUUUUUUAUUAUAGGUAAAGUCUUGUAGGAAAUUGCAAGCUCAUUUUUUUCUGAGUAAAUUUUUGAUGUUCAUAAAAAAGCUACCUGGAAGACGUUUUGAAAUUGGCCUUGUUUUUGAAAGCAAAUUAUUUUUAAGCUUCGAAAUUAACAGUCUCUUGAUUUGAGAACGUUAGUAGGUUUAAAAAAAGACGAAAAUUGAAAACCACAUUCAAAAAUUCGAGAAGUUAUCAGUUUUCUUCUUUUUCUUCUUUUUGACGUGUAAUGAAAGUUUGAACGUCUGUUCGUUUCUAUGAAGGACGAGUCGUAUUACGCUUAUUACGCUUUCACCUUAAUUUCAAAAAACUAAUUAGUUAGGGUCUGUACGAAAUUAGCAAAGUAGUGAAUCAACAAGAGUUUCAGACGCUUCUACAGUUUUUUUUUCGAAAUAGCGGUGAACUCGAGCUUUUGAAAGGUCUCGAUAAUUAAAAAAAAAAAAGUCCGAUCUUCAGAUAAGACCCUUGCUGCCAGUGCUUUACUACGCUAUGGACGCUCUCUCUACCAUUGACUUUCUCUACAGUAUCGCCACAUAUGCCAACCUCCGAAAUGCUGGUAUUGUUCAAUUUGAGGGUGCAGGAUGAAAGUUUCCUGGGCUUUGAAAAGGGAGGUCGUUUUACUUUGCGCUAUGAAAAUUUCUAAAAAUUCGUUAAAACUCUGAAUCUCUCAUAAACGCUACCUGCGCAAACUUCUUGAGAUAUUAUUUUUCAAAGUUGCGAAAUAUGAGUUUUCAGCCUAACUUUUUGAACUUCCUUAAAAAAUAGAAGCUGGCGUUGUUUGGGACUAUAAUGGAUCUUCAUUUAAUUCUUCCGAGGUUGUUUGAAAACAUUUGUAGAAAAUUUCAAGUCGCAAAGUAAAAUGACCUCUUUGUGAGGGUCUUUUUCUGUGUUAAACGCAAACUUUAAACAAUUAAUAAAUCAAAAACUAGAAGUUAGCGCAGGUAGACACUAUGUGAGGUCUACAUCUGGAAAUUCAGAAAAUUUGAGCGAAUUCGUAGAGAAAUUCAAACCGUAGAAUGAAAUCACCUGCAUACAAAACUGUAUUGAAAGCGUCACAUACUGCAGUUCGACCGCGCUUCGGAGACUGUUUCGCGGUGAGCCAAGGAAGGCAUCCGACUUUGGAUUGGGCAAAACAAGGCAACAUCGUCACAAACGACGCGGUUAUUCAAUGAUCUGAUAAUCGACCCAAAGAGACAAUUGCAGUGUCUGACGCGAGAAUGCCGGUUCGCCCUCAUUACUGGUCCGAAUAUGGUAUUCCGUCGAUUACCGAAUAUAAACUUUGACUUGAUUUGAGGCUGGAAAAUCGACGUAUCUGAAGCAAAUGGCUCAACUUUGUAUUCUGGGCCUGAGUGGUUGUCCGAUUCCCGCAGCCUCUGCUGUCCUUCCAGGUCCUUUCUGGGGCAGAGAGAUUAAUCUAGAAAAUUGAAUACAACUGAAUUAGAAAGCAGUUCGCGGUAUGAAUAGUCUGUUAGAGGUUUGAGCUACAGUACCGUCAAAAAAGAUAGGAAAAAACGGAGUUUCGCUCACAACUUCUGUAAGGAAUUUAAUCUUUCUGAAACUUUCGAGUUUUGAUGACUGAUAUUUUUAAAACUCUGGUGGAGUUUCAGUUCACAGGAAGAAAAUCGCAGCUUUAGAAACUAUCCGGGAGAUGGAAUUCCUCACAAAAAAGUUGUGAACAAAAUUUGCAUUUUUUCGUAUCUUUUCUGACGGUACUGUACGUGAAGCUAUAUAAAAAAGUUCGAAGCGCUCUUAAGAAAAAUUCAAAUUGAGAUUCGGUGUGCAUCUUUUUUUUUAAAUUAAUCAAACAAGAACAAUUUUCAGCGAGUAAUAAAUAGUGAAUCUUCUUUUUAUUUCUCAUAAAUCGACAAGUAGUAUUUAAAUCAUGCCCUUCUAGGCCAUCGAACAGUUUUUAAUAAGCAUAAUGGCACUUUUUAAAAAAUAUGAAACAUGACGCUUCAUGUUUACCCUAAAAAUGGAGAAUUUAAAAUUAGAAAACUUUGUUUAAUCAGAAUUUUAACAUCUUAGUCAUCGCAAAGAUGAAGAACCUGCAAUAACUUUUCUCUUUGUUUAGUCCUGAAGCGCAUAUUUUCGCGGAUCGGUCACAACGACUCGAUUCACCGAAACAAGUCGGCAUUCGCCAUGGAGAUGAGCGACGCGGCCAGCAUCAUGCACAACGCCGACGAGAGUUCGCUCGUCAUUCUCGACGAGCUUGCCAGAAGUCUGAACUCUCCUCAUCGACAUCCACAUUCUCUUAUUCUUUUGCUUCAGGCACCUCCACCGAAGAAGGAAUCGCUAUAUCUUAUGCCAUUUCGGAGAAAAUUAUCGCUUUGAAGGUGGUUUUAUUAUCAACUUGGUUUUUUUCAAUCUUUUUUAUAGCCGUUAAAAUAUGAUCUUCAAAGAAUCUUUCUUCAAUUCGCCCCUAUCUAGAAAAUUUUCAGUGCUUCACUUUUUUCGCAACGCAUUUUUUGGAUCUGGCCGUUCUCGAACAUCGUUAUACGGAAGUUGAAAAGUAUCGUCUUCAAAUUAUAUAUCCAUAA